AUGGCCAAACGGGUUCAUUGUAGCCAGCUUUUUUACUUACUUUCCACAUUUAUUUCUUCAAAUCGUCUUUAUCUCUGUUUUCUCCUCGCCUCUUCCAGUUUUUUUCCCAUUUCUCCUCAUCAAGUGCCUGACAUUCCUUUUUUUUUUAAUAUCCAUUCGUCUAUCUAUCUAUCUAUCUAUCUAUCUAUCUAUCUAUCUAUCUAUCUAUCUAUCUAUCUAUGUCCGUUUUUCGCCAAAUCCCUUUUGAUGUUGUUAUACAUCUCAUUCUGUCGAUGUCUAAAUCUCUCUCUCUCUCUCUAUCUAUCUAUUAUUAUUAUUAUAUAUCUCAUAUUAACAUCUAUUUCAGACUGUUCAUAUCUAUCUAUCUAUCUAUCUAUCUAUCUAUCUAUCUAUCUAUCUAUCUAUUUAAUUUCUACCUCUCGGUCAUUCUCUGUCUGUCUCUCCCUCUUUCUCCCUUAG